AUGCAACCACCGCUCCCCCUCGAACUAAUCAUCAGUAUCGUCUCGUUCCUCGUUGAACCCCGGACUCGCAAGGACGCAGAGAUCAACGUUAUCAACCGUUCAACGCCAAACAUUCGUGGUCAGGCCUCUCGUGAUCUCCUUACUUGCUCCCUCGUAUGCCGUACGUGGAAGGAUGUGUGCCAGGCUCUCAUCUUUCGCUGGAUUCGCAUAUUUUGCUACGAGGACAUGGUCGACGGGUUCUCGUUCUUCCAUUUCACAGUGCCCCGUCUAUGCAAACACGUACUCGAGUUCAGUCUGGUGUUCAGCGGGGACAUUGAAUCGAUCCCGAGAUGGAUGGAUGAAUGCCUUGGCCGGUUCACGAAUCUCCGUAAACUGGAGCUGAUAUACUGGUCGGAUAUGGAUGCGGCAGUCAGUUUUCAAUUGGCGCAAGGGAUUGCGUCUUUACUUGACACUAUCAACCUUAAACAUCUUUCCCUAUUAUUUUGCGACAAUUUCGAUGAUCUACUUCGCAUCCUACCCGCUUGCUCGGCGACGCUUGAGCGUCUUACGAUCCAGGGACAUGAUGGAUAUACUCCUACGACUGUGUUGACCACCCCUUUGGCCGUACGUUUAGAAGCCCUUCGCAGUGCGGAGCUAUACGGCCUUCUCAAUCCAUUCACCCAAACGAACACCAUUGAAUGUCCAAACCUGGAGUCUGUCACCAUCCUUCAUUACCGGCGUGGCCCUUGGGGGCUACCGCCAUGGAUCCCAGCGAGCAUCACCAAGCUCAUCCUACAAGUUUCGUCUACCUCUGGUCGUCUUCAGUUCAGCCGAGCCGUUUAUCCCGCCAGCCUGAAGAUUGAACUGAACUCACUCAUUGGUGACGUCGCGUGGGUGACGGAAUGCAUUAAUCACCUUCCCUUUCUCAACUAUCUCCAACAGCUUGAGAUAAAGAUCUCGAGCGCAAGGAACAAGUUUAUCCUGCCACCAUCUGCACACUACGAGGCGCUAUGCCGUCUCCUGCAACCCCUUCAACGUCCUACGCUCCUGUUGCAUAUCAUUUUCUCGGUGGACGUCAGACGGUGCGUGGAUAUCGGGGUCGCAGACGAUAUUCCCACCGUUGGGAUGCUCGUCCUUGCUGCAGGCACAGUAUCCGCUAUGAUAAUCAAGCAUAUCGCCGACCACACCGGCGAAGACAGGGUCAGCCUAGUCGGAGAAUACCCUCUGGCACAGUUGUAA